GAGCGUUUCCAGUUCAGUAAUGCGUCCCGUUUAUUUCAGGGUUUGCUGAAGUUCCUGUUAGUUGAAGGCUGAAAUUCUGCGGUGAAAUAGAGUAAAUGCGCUGCGGCGGACUGUAGAAAUCUGUUGCAAAAAAAAAAAAAAAACAUGUGACUGAGACGAUUUUAUCCGUUUUAAUCCUAGAAUUUCACUUGCGUCGAUUUUCUUGAGAAUUUGAUAUAAGGAGAAGUUAUGAGUCUCUUUCUGGUUUCGGUUAUGCUGGCUGGGGUUAUCUCCAUUUGCAAAGGCCAGCAGGAGAAGAGCUGCAAUGUUUUCCCUAAAGAUCUGCGUGUAGAAGUGGGCUCCAGUGUUGAGUUGGUGUGUCAAACAUCAUGUUUAAAUAAUGGCAAUAUCUUCUGGACACUGAACAAUGAGAAAAUCAGUGACAGCCUGUCAAAAACUCUUAAUUCAACCCAUACUGUCUUAUCGCUGAGAAACUUCAAUCAAUCACAAGCAACGGUGCAGUGCCACACUUCGUUUAUGGAUCAGAUCUUAGGUGGUGUCACCAUCAGAACAUAUUCAAAGCCUAAAAACAUAACAUGCCUCUUUGAUUAUUAUAGUAGCAUAAGCUUUUUGAGGGAAAUGGAUGGUCUGCCAGAACGCUUCACGUGUACAUGGGAGCAUGAGAUGAAAUCUUCACAAACAAUAAACUACACAGUAAACAUUAGUCCCUUGAAAGAAAAAUGCAACUCACAAGUAGCAAAAUGCACAAUCGAAGAUGGCAGAGUCUCCACCUUGUUCUUCGAGCGUGAACUAACAAUUAAUGUCAGUGCAAAAACCGCUGCUUGGGAGGUGGACUCGGAAAACUACACAUUUAUACCCGAAAACAUAGUUAAAAUCCGUCCUCCGACAGGGAUAGUGACGACGCCCUCGUCAGAUCAUUUGUUGGUUGAAUGGAAUACAGUACUCGGUAAUCGGAUAUGUGAAGUUAAAUACUACAAGACUUCAGAAUCUAAUGCUCAAGCUUCAAAGUAUUUGAGCAUUAAAGAAUUGAAAUCCAGUGCCAUCAUCAAAGAGAUGGAGUCCUGCAAUAAUUAUAGCAUUUUAGUCCGAUGUGCAAAAGAGAACGCCCCUUGGAGUGACUGGAGCCACGAAAGAACUGUCCUGACUAAACUUAACAAGGCUCACAUCAGGCCGCAACUCUGGAGGAAGGUGGUUGAACAGGGUAAACAUGGAGAAAGAAAAGUUCAUCUCAUGUGGAAGGCUAUUCCCCCAACAUGCAAAGAGGUGUUGAACUACACAAUCAAAAUGAUUUCCUACAACAACACGACAACCACUGGAAAUUACACACAGACCACGUGUGGCAGCUCCUCUUGUGAUGUUGAUGUUGACAAACUCGAACACAGAUUAUAUCUCACAAUUUCCAGUAAUGAUGUAGUGCUUUCCGAGAGCUCGGUGUAUGUCCCAGCUGUUGGAGAGAUGGGCCUUUCGCAAGUUGGCAAUAUCCAAGCAAAAAGCCGAGAUGGUGUUAUUCAGGUCAGCUGGGACAAGUCAGAGAAUCCAGCCAGUAGUUACAUGAUAGACUGGACCUACGAUGGAGUUCAGUACUUCUGGAAGGAGAGCGCAUAUACAAAUGCAACUCUGUUUGACCUGCUACCUUCAAAGCCAUACAAUAUCACAGUUACGCCUCUCUUUAAUGACAGCACAGGCCGAGGCAUGCAAGCCAAUUUGAUCUGCUCCAGUGUGAGAGUUCCAGAGAUCAUUGCUGUUGAAGUUGUGGACACUCUAGAUAAAAGUGCAUAUGUAAAGUGGAGCACAAAGUCACAGGAUCCAUGCAGCCAUGUCGAUACCUACGUGGUCUUUUGUGAAUCACAGGGACGACCCUAUCUCAAUGUCACGUUGGAUGGCAGUGCAGUUGAAGUCUGGUUGAAGGACCUAAAACCAAACACCCAGUACGCUGUCUUUGUUGAAGCCAUGGGCUAUAAUGGGACAACAAUGAGCAAAAGUAAUAUUUUUACAACAAAUAUAUUUGAUUCCAAGAUUGUUACAGCUUUUACUGUCUACGGAGGUAUUUGUUUCUUUCUUGUACUGUGUCUUGGGCUAACCUGUGCCAUUCAAUGGAAGAAAUUUAAGGAGAUGCCUGUGCCAAAUCCUCGUCUCAGUUCUGUGGGGAAAUGGGUAUCACAUGGUCAUCAAAAGACGGAGGGGUUCUUCCGGCCAGUCACAGAUCAAAUUGAAAACCAAGUCAUCAUGGAUAAAACUCAGAGAGAGGCUGGGAAAGCUUUUACUCCAGAUUGUAUUGGUGAAAAACCCUGGAAUGGCAAACCAAUGAUCUGCAACUCAUCGACUAAUUCUAUGCCAGAAAGUGAACAUGCUGAGUGGUUCUACGAAAACUCAGAAACUCAGCUCCUACCUUCCCCUGAAGCAUCAACGGUAUGUUCUUUCUCACAGAGCAGCCCAUAUCGUAGUCAGGACUCUGUGGAACCUUUGUUAGGUGCUGAAAAACCAUCUAAGAGUGACAUGGGCAAAAAUCAAGAAAAGACAACAUCAAAGCAAUUAUAUGUCAGCUUGAACAUGUUUGAACAAAGUGAUGUUAGGUGAGUGCUUUGGAAACAGAAGAAAAAUUAGAGUCAAGAUGAGUCAUUCAGCACAGAUACCUUGGGUGACAGGAAAGAUUGUUCAUGUACCGUAUUUCCUAUAGUACAACUGAAAACUGUUUGCUCUGUUGAUGAAAAUUAAGUUCUCAGAACAUGGUUCUUUAGCUGCAUAGGUGUUGGUAUCACCACUAUCACUCACUGUUACAAUAUGUAUCAUACACUGUAUUUUAAACAGCAAAGAGUAUGUUAAUAAGAUUGUAUUUUUAGAAUAUAGUGUGUCUUAAAAAUGCAUAUACCUCUUUAAAAAUGCCAGCUUUUGUAAUAUUAAAACAAUUCAAGGAAAUAAUAAAAACAGAACAAAAAAGCUGCCAUAAUCUGUUUGCAUGCAUUAGCACCCAAACAUAAAUACCUCGUUUGAUUUAAUUCCAAGUAUUUUAUCUAUUUUAUUAAAAGUCCUUCAAUAUUUCACAUCUAUUUAAGAAUAUUUAGAUCUAAGAAUAUUUAGAUCUAUGAGAUUGGGAGAACUUCUCAUUCACUGCCCUCUAGUGGUAGCUUCACAGAUUUCCCCCCAUAAACCUUCAAGAAAUUCCUAUUCAGUUGUUACAGUGUUGCUUCAGUGUUGCUAGCAUCUUAUUUGCAGCUCUUGCCAUCUUAUCUUUUUUGGAUAAAUGUCCUUGUUUUGUAAUGCCUAUGUUUUCUCGUAUGAUUGUUAACUAUUAUUACUUUAUGUACUGAAAUGUUUUUGUACCCUUGUUGUGGUUUAUACCUGUCGAGAUUUGGAUUCUUUUGAGCACUAAAAUGAAUGAUAAAGCAAAUGCAGGAAAAUGGAACUUUAUGUGAGGUUAAUCAGAUUAACUGUGAAUAAUGUCAGAUAUGAACUCCAGAGAAGAAUGCUGACAUUAAAUCCAGAGGUAGUAAAAUAACAUAUUAGCUUAAGAUGACUCAUCUGCAUAACCAGGUUAUUGCAAAAUGCUGAAGAGAUUUUU